AUAUAUAAAGACAACCAUCUAGUAGUUGAUAGACUAACUCUUCCCACCACCCAAGAAAUAAGCUAAGCAACCAUGGAGCUCUUCUUCCUUUGUGGCUUAAUCUUAUUCCUAUCUCUAUCCCUUGCCUCCCUCUACCUUCUUUACAACCAUAACUCCACCAAGGGAUACCGGGUACCGCCCGGCACGAUGGGAUGGCCGGUGGUGGGCGAGUCCUUAGAGUUUUUAUCAACAGGGUGGAAGGGAUACCCGGAGAAGUUCAUUUUUGAUAGACUCAGCAAGUAUGCGCCCAACCAAAUAUUCAAGACUUCCAUCUUAGGAGAAAAGGUUGCGGUUAUAUGUGGCGCAGCAGGUAACAAGUUCUUGUAUUCGAAUGAGAACAAAUUAGUACAAGCUUGGUGGCCUAGCUCAGUUGAUAAGAUCUUUCCUUCCUCCACCCAAACUUCCUCUAAAGAAGAAUCUAAGAAGAUGAGGAAGCUUCUUCCUAACUUCCUUAAGCCUGAGGCUUUACAAAGGUACAUACCAAUCAUGGACACUAUUGCCAUCCGGCACAUGGAGUCCGGGUGGGAUGGCAAGGAUAAAGUGGAGGUGUUCCCUUUAGCUAAGAGAUACACCUUCUGGCUCGCUUGCCGGCUGUUCUUAAGCAUCGAGGACCCGGACCAUGUCGCGAAGUUUGCCGAGCCCUUCAACGACAUAGCUGCUGGGAUCAUCUCUUUGCCUGUAAACCUCCCAGGAACACCUUUCAACCGAGGCAUCAAGUCUUCCAACGUCGUAAGGAAAGAGUUGAGGGCUAUCAUUAAGCAGAGGAAGUUGGACUUAGCUGAUGGGAAAGCUUCUACUACGCAAGAUAUCCUUUCUCAUAUGUUGCUAACUGCUGAUGAAGAUGGAAGAUUUAUGACUGAGAUGGAUAUUGCUGAUAAAAUCUUGGGGCUUCUUAUUGGUGGUCAUGAUACUGCUAGUGCUGCUUGCACUUUUGUUGUCAAGUAUCUUGCUGAGCUCCCUCAUGUCUACGAGGCUGUUUGCAAAGAGCAAAUGGAGAUAGCAAAGUCAAAAGCAGAAGGAGAACUUCUAAAUUGGGAGGACAUACAAAAGAUGAAAUACUCAUGGAAUGUGGCGUGUGAAGUGAUGCGUUUGGCUCCUCCACUUCAAGGUGGUUUUAGAGAAGCCAUUAGCGACUUCAUGUAUGGCGGAUUUCAAGUCCCCAAGGGCUGGAAGCUAUACUGGAGUGCAAAUUCAACACAUAGGAAUCCAGAAUGCUUCCCAGAACCAGAGAAAUUCGAUCCGUCGAGAUUCGAAGGGAAGGGACCAGCACCAUACACUUACGUACCCUUUGGAGGGGGACCAAGAAUGUGCCCAGGCAAAGAGUAUGCAAGGCUAGAAAUAUUGGUGUUCAUGCAUAACGUUGUCAAGAGGUUUAAAUGGGAGAAAGUUCUUCCUAAUGAAAAAGUUAUUGUUAAUCCCAUGCCUAUCCCUGAGAAUGGCCUUCCUGUCCGCCUUUUCCCUCAUCCUCAAAUUGUUGCUGCUUAAUUUGGUUAAUUGAUUAUGCUCUUAUUGAGCUAGUAUUGAGGAAUCUUCAAUCUUGUGAUAGUGUACUACUAAAGAAGUACCGUACUAUACCAUUAUGCAUGAUGCACGUACCUUAAGAUGUUUAAGUAGUGCUAUUGAUUUUGUUACAAGAAUUCGAAUAAAAUAUAGAAGUAUAAAGUAAUGAAUUUGAUUCAAAGAA